AUGCAGGGAGGAACAAAAAUAUAUGGCGGGGUCGUGGUCCGACUGACGGAUCGGUUACUGCUCUGUAAAGCUCCGGGUUUUACCACCAGCGACUUUUCCAUUCCGGAACUCAUGUGGGCGGAACUUGUCAGUAAAUGUGCCGCACCUAAUAUGCGUACUAGUUCUACUAUGAUGGCUAAUAAUGCCACUUCUAGUGGUUCUGCAGCUCCACAACUUUCUUACCAUAUUUGUACUGAUAAUGAACUUGCCUUCGCUAUUUUAUCAGAUAUGGGGCUUACACGCCAUAAGGCGCAUGCCACAUUGGAUGAGGCAUCCAAAACAUUUCGGAAGAUGUUCGUUGAGAGCGUGGCGUCGUUUACUCCCAAAGCAGUGGAGGUGUUUGUAAAACCCUACCGUGAUUUAUUGCUCCGCUCCAGUGAUGGGGGUUCAUCAGAUGAUAAGGUAAAUAAAGUUAAAAAAGCUGUGGAUGAGGUUAAGGAAAUUGCUCUCGAUAAUGUAGAACGUGUCAUGCAACGUGGACAACGGAUUGAUGAUAUUGUUCGCUCUACAGAGGAUUUGCAGCUUCAGGCGCAAGGUUUCCAGCGAAGUAGUCGUGAUCUCCGCCAACAAAUGUGGUGGAGUUCAGUCAAGGGGAAGUUAUUGAUUGCAGGUGUGGCUCUUUUUUUUAUUUUAAUUGUGGUAUUCGUUUUUGUAGGUGGUAAAAAAGAGGAAAAGAAGUAA